AAAGCAUGUCAGAAGCCCAAAACUUUAUCCUACUCGUCAGAAAGGCUAUAAAUGGUUGCAAAAAAAGCUGCCAUUGAAAAAAUUGCCCCCCCCCCGAAAAUGUCGUGCCUGAUCAGCCUUCGAAGGCAGGGGAAAAUAAAAAAUUGAUAUUUGCGUUGUCGAGGAGUAACUUUGGCGGCUUUGUUGAAAGCGAUUAUCAAAGUAUAUCUCCCACUAAAACGCAAAAGGGAAGUCCUUUUUUUCUGUCUGAUAGAUGUUCUAUCUUUGAACGUUAAAGAUAUGCUUACCCAAAAUGCUACGGAAAAGUUGAUUAUAAAAUUGUAAAAUUAACCCCUCCCUUUCCCCAAACCCACCCAAAUCAUUAGACUAUUACAGAAAACAGAAUGGAAAAAGAAGGAAUAAAUCACUAUGUAUUCUGCCGAUAGUUAAACUUCGUCUUUGAAAUACCGCGCCCUGCUAGGAAAGCAAUUCAAUGUAGAAAGAACGUAGUGCUCCUCUCUGGCAAUUGUUACAAAAUUCCCGCCAAAUUUCAACUACUUUAGCGCCAAAACUGCUUUUUACUUUCUGCUCUAAUUCCUUUUCAGACCGAUGACUGCCAAUUUUAAUUUUUUGGAUAUGAAAUAUUUACCUUUACGUGGUUAUGGAUCAGACUGACAAACCAUGCUUCCAUGUUCAAUGCUUCUUAACCUACAUAGCAAAGUGUCUUACUUUCUGAACACCUUAAAGGAUUCUAUCUCUUGCAUGCCUGCCACAUCUUGCAGGCGCAGAGGGUGCAUCUUCGAUUGAUAUAUGGCCACCAUAUGGGCCUGACUACACCAUCGGUACAUCAGAAGAUACACGUUGUCCCCAGUACUCAACCGAGGUCGUUAAUUAAAGGCUUUAAGUAGCUGACAGGAACGAACCCUGGCAAGGCGUACAGACUGGGUGAUACUGAGGUCUAGAUUGCAUCGUUUAAUCUGCGGUUUCUGCCUCACAGAGCCACCCUAUGUUCCAGCAGCGACUGAAAGUGUCGAACGACCAGAAGUAUUCUUUGACCUUAUUGGGCCAACCGCUCCGCGCUGAGUGAUGAGAACGGUAAUUACCUGGGUUUUAUGGGCGGAUUCAACUACCGUGCGAACGGUGCAUCCCCUGGGUGUGGAUACGGCGCAGGUGAGGUGGGAAUCGGCUACGAAGGAGGGGGAGGAGAGUACGAAUCAACCCAAGGUCUGUGGUCCCACCCUGCCGAGAAAUUGGCGGCGAGAACAACUUCCUCUCUGAACUUUAACCACCAGGCUUCCCCGGCGAACAGCGGGUCGACACCGAGUUCAUGUGCGGUUCAGCAGGGGAGUGAUCCCGGGUUACCGCGGGACCCGAUGAAUCCUGAAGACGACAUCUUUCCGGAGUCCAAGACACGACAAGCGUCAGCCGUGCUCGACCGCCUUCACAUCACUUGCAAAUCAAACGAUCGAAUGUCGCCAACAUGCUUCAACUGCAGCGACAAUAACAAUAACAACUGCAGCAACACCGGCAUAAACAGCGAUAACCACGACAGGUGCACCGCAGAGACCACUCCAUGCGGCCGCGGUGGUGACGCCGCAUGCCGAUGGAUGACGGCCGUGGACACCGGCCCCGCAGCCAGCACCGGCGAGUCCGCCCAUGCCCCCCGCCCGCGGAAAAAGCGACGGCCUUACACCAAGUACCAGACCUUUGAGCUGGAGCGGGAGUUCCUCUUCAACAUGUACCUGACCCGGGACCGCCGGACCCACAUCGCCCGCUCGCUGAGCCUGAGCGAGCGGCAGAUUAAGAUCUGGUUCCAGAACCGCCGGAUGAAACUCAAGAAGAUGAGAGUCAGGGAGGACCAGGACGGCCGCUCACAGAUGAUGCAGCAUCCUCCAACCCAUCCACCUCAUCUACACCAUCACCAUCACCACCAGCAACACUUUCACCAUCUUCACCACCAUCACCAUCCGGGUCCAGACAUGACUGUGGCGUUACACCAUCAUCCUCAUCAUCACCACCAGUUUCUCUGAUCAUGUGAUGAAGUCUCUUUGUAUCGCAUCUAAGUAUUGUUCAGGGAAUUCGACAAAAGUUGAGGUUUUUUGUAAUGAGGACAAAGAAUUUCUAAUUGCAUCUGAUGGUCACCCGACUAAGCUGUUGUAAUUCUGUCUUUCAUUAACACGUUCUGUUCAGUGGAACAACAAGGCCGUCCAAUGGAGUAUAAUUUAGGCACAUGCACGCUCUUUGACUUUUCCAUGAUAAUGGUAUCAAUUUAUCUGGUAAAUGAUAUCUGAUUUGACAUUACAGUGAUAGCAAACAGGCAGAGAAAUGGGUGUAUAGACUAGUCACGGGCAUGCAAAACAAUGCACGAAUCGCAAUUAACUUAUGCAGGCCUAAUUGAUAGCAAGCCUAUUUCCUCAUCAUAACAUCCCUAGGGCGCCCUCUGUGGUCUUACAGUGUCAUUUGGUACCUCGCUGUUUUGUUUAGAACUUAUAUUAUGCCUAGUGGCCGUGAUUUUAUUUAUACUUUUGAAGUCACAGGGUAACUCCAUGGAAUAUAUUAACCUGUUGGAGGAUAGAAAAGUAGUUUUUUAAAUGGGUUUUUGUUCUGUUAAAAUAUUUAAUUCAUAAUUGUCUUUGAAACAUAUUCCAUUCAACAUUUCCUGCCCAAACAACUAAAGCAUGGCGACUGUUCCUAGAGGUGGCAAUAACAUGCAUUUCCAUACGUUAUGUACAAAUAGUGGAAGUUAUAUGGGGGAAGUCUGAUCACCGCAUAACAUGGUGCCUUGUGGAGACCAGGAAAAUAGUUUGAAAAGGUCACGGCAGGGAAAUUCUAAAUAUGUAAAGGUCCCCACGAGGUUUUACGAAAUUGGUUUUGGGAAGUAACUCAAAAAGGGGCAAUUUUUAACGUGUAAUUAUCCGCAGCGAAUUGAAGUAUUUUAUAUAAGGGACAUUCGGUGGAAAUUUCAAGCCACAAACGUAACUCUGGUUCCAGUGGGGGUAUUUUGAAAACAGCGUUUCACACCCAACGGAGCAUUAUCUCCACGAAGAUACAGAUUCCGAAUGUUUGUACCGAUUAAAUGUCAAAUUACCUGUAUGCCGUUGAGUCAACCUUGAAGCCACGUCACUUAUUAACAUCACAAACAUGAUAAAACAUUCCGGAAACAAAGGACCAUUAGAACAGUACAGGAGCAAUCCACAUUCAUGUCACCAUUUUGUGAUUAAAUUAGCAUUUUAAAUUUGUAAAAAAGAAAAUAACAUUUUUCAAUACUGUAAUAAAAAAUACUGCAA